AUGGCUUCAAAAGAUUAUUGUCCUGUUCCACCUCCAGUGUUCACCGGAGAAAAUUAUCAAUCAUGGGCAGUUAAAAUGACUGCUUAUCUACAAGCAUGGGAUCUUUGGGAAGCAGUGGCUGAAGACCUUGAAAUUGAUCAACUGCCUGAGAAUCCAACUAUGCAGCAGAUCAAAACACACAAGGAGAAAACUACAAAGAAGUUUAAGGCCAAAACAUGUUUGUAUUUAGCUGUGUCUGAAUCACUUUUUACCAGGAUUAUGAACUUGGAGACUGCCUUUCACAUCUGGCAGUAUCUCAAGACAGAGUUUCAAGGUAAUGCGCGUACCAAAAGCGUGUGUAUCUUGAAUCUCAGAAGGGAACUUGAACUACAAAAGAUGAAAGACUCUGAAACUGUGAAAGAGUAUGUUGAUAGGCUACUGGAUAUUAUCAACAAGCUUAGGCUUCUUGAAAGAUUUGAAGCCAAAAUUUCUGCACUAGAGGAGGUUCGUGACCUUACAGAAAUUUCCUUGGCUAAGUUGCUAAAUGCUCUUCAUGCACAAGAGCAAAGAAGGCAGAUUAUAGAAGAUGGUUCAAUUGAAGUGAAUCAGGAGGAGGAAGAACAGUUAUUUGUGGCAUCUUGCUACGUUAGUUCGGUUGAUAGUUGGCUUGUUGAUAGCGGUUGCACCAAUCAUAUGUCCAAUAAUAUUGAACUCUUCAAGGUUCUUGAUAAGAUAUCAACCUCAAAAGUUUGUGUUGAAAAUGGAGAAUAUAUUUCUGCAAAGGGUAAAGGUUCAGUUGCAAUUGAAAGUAUUUCUGGAACUAAAGUCAUUACUGAUGUGUUGUACGUUCUAGAUAUUGAUCAAAAUCUUUUAAGCAUGGCUUCACUUGAAAAGGAAAUAUCUAGUUGCAAUGCUUGUCAAUUUGGCAAACAAAUCAGAUUGCCUUUUGCCAAAAUAGCUUGGAGAGCCUCACAAAAACUUCAACUUGUUCAUACUGAUCUUGGAGGAUUCAAAUCAGAAGUGGCUGGAGUAUUUUAUAGAUUCAAGACAUGGGCUAAAAAUCAAAGUAAAUGUAAGAUGAUGGUGUUAAGAUCUGAUAAUGGAAAAGAGUAUACCUCAUAUCAGUUCAAUAAAUUUUGUGAAGAGGCAAGGAUCGAGCAUCAAUUGACUACUCCAUAUACUCCCCAGCAAAAUGGAGUAAGUGAGCGAAAAAAUAGAACUAUAAUGGAGAUGACUCGUUGCUUGUUGCAUGAGAAAAACCUUCCUAAAAAGUUUUGGGCAGAAGCAGCCAAUACUGUAAUUUUUUUAUUGAAUAGAUUGCCUACUAAAGCUCUCCAGAAGCAGACUCCUUACAAAGCAUGGUAUGGUCACAAACCCUCUAUCAUAAAUCUGAAAGUAUUUGGAUGUUUUUGUUUCUCUUAUAUUCCUCAAGUUAAAAGAGAUAAAUUGGACAAGAAAUCUGAGCCUGGAAUUUUCAUAGGCUAUAGUAGUGUCUCAAAGGCUUAUAAAAUAUUUCAGCCACAAAAUGAGAAGAUCAUAAUAAGUAGAGAUGUUUUUAUGGAGGAGGACCAAUGGAAUUGGAGUGCAUGUGACGAUGUUCAACAUUCGAGUAUGCAACAGCCCACUGUUGAGGAUGUUGAUGAACAACCAGUUCGUGGUACGCAGUUGCUAUAUGAAAUCUAUGCAAGAUGCAAUGUAGCAUUAUUUGAGCCAGCAAGUGUUGCUGAAGCAAUGAUGGAGCAAAAAUGGAAGCUUUCCAUGGAAGAAGAGAUGCAAAUGAUUGAAAAAAAUCAAACCUGA